UUUGUAUUGGUGUGUUUUUGUCAAUCGACAAUGUUCGUUAAAAUUCGCAAUGGUUCGUCACUCGUCAGUUCGUUGCUCGUCGCUCGAUGACCAACAGAUGUCCUGCGCAUGUCCGUGAAAUGCAGGUGAAGUGGAGUGUUCGCCUGGUGUUCGCGUCAUGUUUGUUCGAUGUGGUUCGCUGUUUGGGCCGGUUCCAAGGAUGAAUGGAGAAAUGGAGUGGACAGCAAAUGCAAUUUUUUCUUUUGUCAAUGAUCUUGAGAGGCUUCCCAUUUUGUGGGAUAGCAGAAUUCCCCAACAUAAAAUGGGAAAGAGAAAAAGUGAUGUAUGGAUGCAGUUGGCAACAAAAUAUAAGUGCACACCUGAUGAACUAAAAAGAAAGUGGCAAUCUUUGCAGAAACUUGAAUGUUUUGAAGCCAAAGAAGAGGUAAGAAAUGAGGAAGAACAAAGACUUACCGGUGAUGAUGAGCCUACUUUGGAAGAGGAGCAGGAAGAAGAAUCUCAAGAAGUCGAUGUUGAAGACAUGCAACCAAAUAUGGAAUUUGAUUCUGAACCUAGAACAUUCAUUCCAUCUAAAAUCCACGAUUUCAAAAAGAUGAAGCUUCAGUAUCGUGAUGAGGCAGCAGUAAAUGAAUCUUACAAUACUUUGAAACAAACUACCAUUCCAGAGUUAGAAGAGAGGAAUGAAUGUGUGAUAUUUGGGGAGUAUGUGACUAAGAAGCUGAGCAAAUUUGAUGAUCAUUUGUCAGCUUUAGUACAGCAUGAAAUUCACAAUAUACUAUUUCAGGCUGAGAUGGGUUACUUGACUGAUGUUUCACUUUCUUCACAGAAUUCUUUUAUUACAUCUGAUUUAAGUACCAAUUUGAACUCUGUCCACUCCCCAAGUUCCACGAGCCAUCACACUAAUGUGUAUGAAAUACAUCGACCACAAUAAAAAUUGUUUUCAUAUCUUGUGGUACAAAAAACAUCACUUAUAAGUUCCAUAAUUAUUUGCAGGUCUCUAAGAAUUUACAAAUUCCAGUCACCUCUCCAAUGAAAACUCUUUCUUUCCAAUCCUUUCCACAGUCUUGGGUAAUAUGUAGAUCAAUGGAACAUUACCCUCCUCUCUGAAGAACAAGUUGGGAAAUGCAUGUGUCACUGUUGGUGGUUUCAAAAUUGCGUGCAUAGUACCUAAAUCUGGUGGCAGGCAUAGUGGGCAGAGAGAAAUAGUGUGAUUAUCUCCUGCCUCGUAACAUCAAUUAAAGGGCACACUUGAAGAGAGUAAAAUUUGCUUAGAAGUGUUUUGUUUAAAAUUCUUUCAAAAAGCUGCAAAAUUUUGGCAUAAAAAUUCAGCAUUGCUGGAGAAUUAUAAAACAAUAGUCAUCUUCACGUUGAGCUAAACAAAUGUGAAAAUAUGAGUUUUUCUCUUUUGAGUCUUUAAUUGAAUUACACAUCAUAGUAAAACAUUGAAAAUGUGACUUUAAAGAAGAAGACAAAAAAGUGUUUAAUAAAGGUAAUAAUUAAGUUAACUCUUUUCCCCAGCCCCCCAAAAAGGAGCGAAAAAAUAUUUGAUUGGUUAGAGCAGUAUUUUCACAAUUGUUAGUUCGCUGUGUUGACAACCAGGGGUGGAUUCAGAGAUUAUUUUUGAGUGUGUUUGUGGAUUUUAUAUUUAUAUAAUUAUGAAUUAUAUAUUUAAAUAAUGCAGAUUUUGUAGAAUGACACAGGCUACACUCAGCUCAUGCUGCAAUACGGUUUUAUUUGCUUUAAUAAUUACUCAAAAAUAGUUUUGCUUGAAAGUUUCAUGUCAAGAUAAAAUUAAUAAUUACCUAAAAUUUGGGUGGUGGGGGAGAUUUCCCUCCCUGUGGAUCCGCGCUUGUGUAUCUACUAUAUACGAGCUAGUAUUGCUUUCAUUGAUUUUAUGGACACUUUAAUUGUGAUUAAUGUUUGUAUAUUUUCCAUGUAUUGCUUGGUGUUAAAUUUUCACAUUAAUUAGGGAGCAAGAUUGUUUCACAUAAGUUUGAAGAUCCCAAUCGACGAGUUCAUAAGAAUUAGACUAUCAGAACAUUCUGUACUUUUGGAUAGGAUCAUCUAAUUUUGGCCCCUUUUUUGUGUGUGUUUAUUCCAUAUUCUUUGUCACAAUACUUUUCAACGUCAAAUGGGUUUCAGUAUUUGAGGCAUUUUUGCAUGUCCUCCUUUGAAUAAUUUAUUUUCAGGGAUCCUUCCUUUCUUUGUGAUCAUAGUGAAAGGGCACACAUCAAGAUAAUCUACUUAUCCUACCUUUCCUUGCAAUAGCCUUAUGUCCUUUUUGAACACUUCCAGCACCAGCACAUUCUGCUCACACGAAUUUUACUUUUAAGGAAAUUGUAUAAUAAUAAUAAUUAAUAGUAUAAUACCAGUGCAAUAGUGUCCUGUCCUCAAAUUCUGUGUUUAGUGAAACAGGCUGAUACGUAUUUUUGCAUUACAUAAAAUACAUUUCAGAGUGUUUUUAUGGCAGAAAUGUGUGGUUAUUUUAAUGAAAUAUUACUCUGGUAUUGUACUUUAUUGUUCAUAAAACGGAAGAUUAAGAAAUCAUCUUUUUGCAUGGUUAAUUGAUUUGAGAAAGGAAUGGCUCUUGAGGAAUGGAAGUUUGGCCAUUAUUGCACACAUAUUCAGAAUUAUAGUUGUUGGGUCCUCUAAGGGUGCUAAUUGACAGGUCGUGCUGGGUAUUGUCUUUGGUCAUUUGAUCUGCCCCGCUGGGAAAGUAUUAAUUUGUUUCUAUUUAUGACACUGUGAUUCCAUACAUUGGUGCCUCAUUUACGAUUUCCACAAUUAAGAAGGUUCAAAUCAUCAAGUCUAGUAAUUUGCAAAAGAAAGCUUUCCCAAGAGCAUUCGUAGGAUUUGUUUAGACUGUUGUGUAAACAAAGAUUAUCAUUUCACUCAUCUAUUAAUCGAUUUGUGUUGCUCCUUCUCCACAGAAAAUUGUUAAAGCACAUCUUGGAAAAUAUCUUCAAAAAAUGUAUAAGAAAGGAUGUCUUCAGAGACUUACAGGAAAGAAAUGUACAAGUAGUAGUGCAUGCCUUUGCAGUCUACAGCAGGAUUG